AUGCAAAUGAUACCAGUAUUAAUAUAAAAAGUUAAAGAAUAUUUAGAAAAGAAAAAGUAAGAGAAGAAAAAUAAAUUAGAUAGCAAGAAAAGAGAAGAUUUAAUUGAGGAUAAUUUAAAUUUAUAGGGUUUUGCAAAUAAUAACAAUGUAAGUAAUUCAUUUGAUAAUGAACUUCUUUAAAAUAAAUCUAUCUAAAUUUCAAAUGAUUAAUUAGAUAAAAAUUAGAUUUGA